AUGCAGACCCCCUAUUCGGGGACCACACCAGGAGGCACGUUCCAGGGUCCGACAAGUGCAGUUGCGGGGAGUAACAGCCCCACACACCUCACUCGCGCGACAGGCAAACAACGGCGCAGAUGCCGCCAGCACAGAGUGGCCAAGAAUCCAGAGACUCCCAUGCCACACCGCCAAAGGCUGGCCCACCAUGGCGCAAUGGCCCUGCAAAAACCCAAGAGCGGCAUUACCCACCUGAGAAGACGACUAAGUACAAGGCCCACAAUGGCGGCAAUGCCAACGCAACAGCGACCAGAGCCGCAGCCACUCCGCAAGGGGACGUUACACCCCCUCGCUCCCAAGCGACUGAACAGGUGA